AUGAAGAAGUCAAACUCGUCGAGGAACCAUCGGCGUAACCGUCGCCGCAGUGAGCGAUUUGCUACCAACCUCCGCAAUGAGAUCCAGAGGAAAAAGGCCCAGCUUCAGAGCAGCCGUGGCCCAGGGGGGUUGCUCUGUAGUGGGGAGACUGUCCAGGAGGAGGGUCCAGAUCUCCAUGAAGAGGAGACAGACGCAGGUGUGCCCGCCCAGGAAAGGAGUACCAAAGUUGCAUUUGCCUCACCUGUAAGCCCCCAAGAUCUCAGGACGACAGCACCAGUCGAGAAAUCAAACCCUUCCACUGAAUCAAUCCACGAUGCUUCGCCAACUCAGCCUCAGUCAACAACCUACACUCAAAACAACAACGUGUCCAGGUCUGUCCAGAUUCUGGACCCAGGCGUGCCCAGUUUUGGUGUCGGCAUCCGAGUCGUGGAAGAGCCAGCUCCUGCCGGCAAAGCCCGCCGCUGGCGUUGGACCCCCGAGCAUAAACUCCAGCCAGAACCAGAACCAGAACCAGACCGACGGUGUAGAGUCCUGGGUGAGAGGGUGUUGGGGGUAACAGGGUCCCGGCAUGGGGUUUGUGCUUUUACCUCCUCCUCCUACAGUCGCUCCUCUUCAUGUUCUCGGAUGGAAGAGACUGAUAUCCUUCCAUUUGCAGAUAGGAUGAAGUUCUUCGAGGAGACAAGCAAAGGCGUGUCUGGGUCAAAUGUUUUGAGUUUGUUCAGUCGUCGGCAGAAAAAACACCCCAACCACUCUGAGCAGCAGGGAGGGGAGCUCGGUCUGCACCCAAACCAAAGGAGAUACUCCUACCAGGGGGGACUUCAGCAGCAGAGCUCCCUGCCAAACACCAUGGAGACCAGGAGGCAGUCUGUGAGGGAGAGGGAGAAGAGGGCAAGGGAACGGGAGGAGAGGUUGAGAGAAUCGGAGAGGCAGCAGGAGAAGGAAAGGCAAGAGAGGGAAUUAGAAACUGAGAGGGCAAAGCUGAGGGAGAUUCAGCGGGAGAAGGAGCGAGAGGAGAGGGUGAGACAGUGGGAAAGGGAAAGCGAGAGGGAGCUUGAGCUAGAGAGAGAAAAAGAGAUGGAGAGGGCCAGAGAGAAGGAACGACUCAAGGCAGAAAGAGAGAAAGAGCUGGAGAGGGAAAGAGAAAAGGAAAGGGAAGAAGAAGAAGCCCAGCUCGCCUCACAUCACGAGUUUUACGGCAAUUCUGCCAUCAAAGAAAACCAUCAAGACAGCUUCCACAACUUCCAGCCCAAGCCUCAGGCGUUCUCCCACAGCCAAACCCAGAAUCAAGUCCCGCGGUCGGCUUUUUACCCGGUCAACAACACCUCUCAGCACCUGGGGAACCAUCCACCUCAGCACCAGGGAUACACAGCAAGGAGCUACACGCCUACAGAGACGUAUCCCGCCCGGCAACAGGAAACGACCAAGCUCAACAGGAAGUACAGCCUGACGGAGAGGGACUACCCAAGCUGGAGACGGGAGUCCAGACCACCAGAGAGCGUCAGUCAGCACCAGCAGCCCCCCCACCAGAGCCGAUGGGGCAGCGCCGACCGCAACGGCUACGCGUUCGCUCCGCCGCCGGCUCCUCUUGCGCUCCGGGGGCGAGCCAUGUCCGAAAAUGACCUCCGCUUCGACAGCAGCCACCGCUGGUCGCCGUCGAUUUCCGUAGCGACCAGUCAGACCCUGAGCGAGGUGGAGGAGGGAGCGGGCGGGGUCAGGGGAGGAGAAGCAGCAAGCACUGCCAGGCAAAACAGGAAGAAGACGCCGCCUCCCCCGAGACCGCCGCCCCCGAAGUGGGAGCAGUUCCACCGCAGGCGCGCAUCUCACCACACCCUGUUCCCCUCCUCUCCCUCCUCCACCUCCUCCUCCUCUUCAUCUACUGCUCCUCAAGCCAUCCCUCCCUCCUUCGGCGCCGCAGACGGACACUAUCCGACUCACUCCUCCUCAUACAUCCCUCCUGCUGAUACGUCCAGGCAGAGGUCGUACAGUCUUCCCCCGGAGCGGCAGGAAGUGGCGGAGGGCUGCCCCCGCUGCAGCUGCCACCAAACCCAAACCCAGGAACACCCUUUCCCCCACGCCCCGUCCAAUCAGGGCGAGGCUCAGUUUCAGGAGCGGUCCUUUACUGUUGCUCCACCCAGUCCUAUGUUCUCCAGACGGUCCUUCAGACCGGUGGCCCCGCCCCAGAGAGAGAGGGAGGGGAACCUGAGGAGCUCGUACGGAGGACAGCAGGAGAGGGUGGAGUUUGUGUCGUCUCUACCGCCACCAACAGACACGAGCAGUUUCUCGGAGGUUUACGUCGGCCACGGUCCAGACCAGGACCGGAUAACAGUGAAACCUCACAAGCAGCAGCACAACGUGAGACCUGGAGCCGAGUGGGAGAGAUCCUCAUCUCCCAGAGUUCAUAGCGACACAGCACUUCCUCCUGAAAUACAAAACGGAGGUGUUGGUGGGGUUUUCCCUCCUGAGUCCUACUUCACCAUGGACUAUGAGCAGCAGCAACAGCUCCGUAUGAGCAGAGGCUUCCAGACCGAAGAGCGGCAGAAGAUCCCAGAACCAGGAGCCGAAUCCGAGACGACCCUCAGCCCGAGUCCCGUGCACAGCCUGGAGGCCGACCUGGACGUCCCGAUGGAGACUGACAUCGACGAUUUCCAGGAGGAGGAGCUCCCGGCGGAGGCUGAGCCGAUCACCAGCGAGCUCCCGUGCUUCGCGCUGCCGGUCACCGUCCUGGAGACGGACAUCGACACCUUACCGGAUUCUGAGGCCUCGCCGUCGCGCCGGACCAGGGCGGAGAGCGGCUCCCUGGAGGAGGAGCUGGAGACCGGGGAGAGCGGCAGAGAGAGGCUGAGCCUGGAGGAGCUGUUCCCCCAAAGCAGUGAAGGAGAGUCGGGCACGGAGAGCUGGAGAGGAGCCUACCAAACCAUGGAGCCCAACACAGACAGCUUGGACAGGCGGUCUGGUGCGAGCUCCAGCUGUUCGUCCUACUACAGCACGUCUGCAGCCAAGGCUCAGCUCCUCUCGCAGAUGAAGGACUUCACCGAUAACAGAGAGAGGGACGACGACGAGCUCACGUACAAGAGACAGCUGAUGGAGAGCCUCCGCAAGAAGCUGGGCGUGCUGAGAGAAGCUCAGAGGGGGCUGCAGGAAGACAUCAGAGCCAACGCUCAGCUGGGGGAGGAGGUGGAGAGCAUGGUGGUGUCGGUGUGUAAGCCCAACGAGGUGGACAAGUUCCGCAUGUUCAUCGGCGACCUGGACAAGGUGGUCAGCCUGCUGCUGUCGCUGUCCGGGAGGCUGCUGAGAGUGGAGACCACGCUGGACACGCUGGACCCCGAGACGGAGCAUCACGAGAGGCUCCCCCUGCUGGAGAAGAAGCGUCAGCUCAUGAGGCAGCUGUCGGAGGCCCAGGACCUGAAGGACCACGUUGACCGCAGAGAGCAGGCCGUCAGCCGGGUGCUGGCCCGCUGCCUGUCCCCCGAACAGCACAGAGACUACAGUCACUUUGUGAAGAUGAAGGCCGCUCUGCUGGUGGAGCAGAGGCAGCUGGAGGACAAGAUCCGGCUGGGGGAGGAGCAGCUGAGGGGGCUGAGGGAGAGUCUGGGGCUGGGGCUGGGAAUGGGUAUGGGGAUGUCGAUGGGAUACGGACAUUAUUGA